AUGAUCAAGGUCCGGUUCCAAACACAGGCGUCCGGAACGCCACGCACGACGAUUGGCAGUACACUUGUCGGCAUCAUUAAGGCUGAGGGCAUCACAGGCCUCUACAGUGGCAUCUCAGCCUCACUUCUUCGCCAAUUAACGUACUCGACAGUUCGGUUCGGUAUAUAUGAGGAACUUAAACACCAUUUUCCAUCUGACGCCAGUUUCUUGACGUUAUGCGGCAUGGCCUCAAUAUCAGGCUUUGCUGGUGGUGUCGCCGGUAAUGUUGCGGAUGUCCUGAAUGUGCGUAUGCAGAAUGACACAUCAUUACCUAUGCACGAGCGCAGAAACUACAAGAAUGUUGUUAAUGGGCUGGUCCGCAUGACUUCUGAGGAGGGUUUUCGGAGUUGGUUUCGCGGGUGGCUUCCAAACAGCGGACGUGCCGCCCUAGCAACCACAGCUCAGCUCGCCAGCUACGAUGCUGCAAAGGCUUGGCUAAUGAAAAGAUUGGCUGUAGAAGAUACGUUAGGAACGCAAUUGUCUGCAUCGUUUGUAGCAGGAUUGACGGCAGCGACUGUGACAAGCCCUCUGGAUGUUGUCAAGACGAAGCUGAUGUCGGCAAACGGUCGACGGGGGACGCUGCAGAUGUUGCGGGACAUUACCGCGCAAGAAGGUGCCCGGUGGAUGUUCAAGGGUUGGGUCCCGAGCUUCCUACGCCAAGCGCCGUAA